AUGACGUCCGUCGGCAUUCGUGUAAAGGUAACGCCGCCUGCUUCACGGCCUCAAGGUGCGGCAAAAGCCGCUCCGAAACUCUCCCCUCCCAACGGAACUGCAGCGCUUUCGAAAAGUUCUAAGACGCGCACGACAGGUGCCAUCGCAACCGGCACCAACGCCUACUUAACGAAGUUUUUUGCCACAGAAGUCAAAGUGGCUAACACGGCGCCGAAACACGCGACUUUAAAGAGAGGUACAAACGACUCCUCCGACGGCAACUUUAAGUAUUCCAUAAAAGCCGUGCUGCUGAAGCAGUUCGCCGACACAGACCCUCAAGAGAAACCCCCGAACGUCCGGAGAAUCUUGGUAGUCGCCUACUUUCGGUCUGGAUCCUCCUUCCUGGGCCAUCUGCUGUCGGCGAACCCUCGGACCUUCUACCACUUCGAGCCACUGUGGAUGCUAUCAAGUGCGUCCCGGCUACGCGGAGAAGCGGCCCUUCGAGGACUCGAUUUCGUGACGGAUUUAUUCGGCUGUGAUUUCGUCAGCCAUUCGGACUACCUGCGACUGGCUGUGAAUCAUACACACCCAUUUAUGCACAACACUCAUUUGUGGGACGUUUGCAAGGGCGUCAAACGAGUCUGCCUCGAUCCCGAAUUUCUCAACGCUGUGUGCAAGAUGGCGCCGACGCAGGUGAUGAAGGUGACGCGCAUUGACAUGGACACCGUACGGCGUUAUCUACUGGACGGACCCCCGGCGACUGCGGAAAAUUUGAGCGUCGUGCAUCUAGUCCGCGACCCGCGUGCCAUCUGGCUGUCACGUCAACACCGUAAUUUCUGUAUUCUUGUACCUGACUGUUCGAGCGCCGCCGUGCUGUGCGACGAGAUCGAGCGCGAUAUGGAGGCUUUCGACAGGGUUCGUUACGAAGACCUUGUUCUGGACACUCUAAACGUAACCUCGAAAAUGUACCAUGCUCUCGAGAUGCCUUUCACCGAGUCUGUUACACAGUUCAUCGAGUCCCACACCCAUGAGAAUAACGUCACAGUGCAACGCGACCCUAUCGCCACCUCCAGAAACUCCAUAGACGUGGUCUACGCUUGGAAACGAAAAAUCAAGCCCGAGGAAGCUUUGCGCAUCAACAAGGAGUGCCGACGCGUGAUCAAAAGGCUUGGUUACGAACUCUGA